CGGUAAGAUUGUAGAAAAAUGUCUGCGUCGACAACAUUGCAACUCAUUUCGUAGAAGAAAGGUUUUGACGUAGCCUAUCUAUUGGUUGAAAGCUCUCAACUAUUUCCAUUUCGCAAUUCGCAUGGCUGCUGAGAAAGACCUUGCAUGAAGUUUGGAAAGGGUGUCCCGCGGGCGCCUUCCGGCGCUCCGCGCUAUCCGCCGCCGGCUUCCGAGCGUGUAAUUCCGACUGAAGAUGUCGAUCCUUUGCGCGAUCUUCAGGACGCGCGCAGCGGGUCUUGGCUCGAUUACCUGCUCCUCGGCGGAAGCCCUGGGAUGGUUGCCGUAUCCGAAGUAGCAACACCAAACACUGGCAUAAAUAGUGCAGGCAGUGACGUGAUGCCUUCCGCUUCCGAGAUCCUCGCUGUAGGGUUGGAGCCUCUAGUAAGGUUGCCCUGGGCGCCAGGCGGCAUCUUCAAUCGUGGUGCUGACGGCUGUUCACCGAUGUCUGCACCAGUGCAAGAAAGCAUGGUUCAAGUGUCGGAUUGCACUUCCUCAUGCUCCGACAUCAAAAGAAAGAACCACGAAGGCCAUGCACCUUUCGUCGAGGGUCAGCACUUGAUGGCACCGAAGCAAACAGAGCUCGAGAACGCGGUUAUUGCGAAGAACGAACGCGUCUUCUACAACUCCGCAACAGCACCGCGAAGCUGCAUGGGAAAAAUUCACUACUGCAUGUCCUGUCCCGGCUGGAACAAGGCUACGGAUGUGCGGUACGUCUAUAGCCGAUGGGAGUGGACGAAAUGCUGCUGCGGGCAGGUCAACUGCAUCAAUGGACGACAACUAGACCAGUUUAACGCGGAUUUAGUCGUAGACAUGUCGGCGCACCAGAACCUCUGCCAGAUUUGUAGAGGAGAGGGAGAUAUCUUGGUGCACAAAUUAGGCGGCGGAGAUAUGAGCGACAACAGCAACGAGUUCGUCUUGAAUGACGUUCCGGAAGUGGCAGCGAGGUUUCAAGAGAUGACGUUUUUCUUGUCAAAAAUGAACCUGAAGGGUUUGGCAGCGAAAGGUUUGGGACGUCUCAUGGGAGCGGUGACAUGGACGUUUCCAGCUGGUACAUCAGAUCUGCAUUUCCUGGAUCUCCAAACUGAUGCCUACUUGAUUUGACAUUGACAGGCCUACUAAAAUUGCUUUUGUGAGGACUUAGGAAUUUAUCCUUACUGACACCAGGGUAUGAGGGAGCAGCAGUGAAAAACAUUGACAAGAAUCGCGAGCUUGUUUACUACGACUCAGAGACAGCAAAGCGUACUGUCUGUGGACAGAUCUGCCACCUCCACAUUUGCGCGAAGCCGCAGUACAAUUAUGGCACAUGAGUCCUCUAGUACUGGUUUACGAAUCGUAAAAUACGAUACAAGAGAGAGCUGGUUUUUGUCUCCUGGAAACUUCAAUGUGUUUUUCGUCCGUGCUUGACGGUUCACUAAAAUCGUACUUUCUGAUCUGCUGCUGCUGCUUCUAAUACUCACUGACAAGUGAACGAGUCCUCUACACCGAGUGGGAUUUCUGGUACCUGUGCGAUGAUCCGGCUCACCUGCUUUGUUUUCCGUUCUAUGCUUGUUUUUUCGGUUGUCGCGCAUCUGGAGAGGACAUGUGCUGUUGCCAAGGCGACGGAGCGUCUAGGAUAGCGCAACAUCAGGCAAGACAAGCCGAAAAGAAGCUUGUGGCCGAUGCUCGAGGAUUUUGCGCCGCCAAUGUUAUGCAAGGCGGUUCUGACAAUAAAGUUCUCGAAACUUAUAGACUCUCUCUUUAAAAAUGCAUGGGCGUUUCUGCUCCUUCCAGAACUCUUCCUCUUCUAACCUUUUCUGUAAAAUCCCGAUCGCAAGAACCUUCCGCUUCUUCGAUAUGGACCUCGUUGCUGACAUCGGUGCGCACCAGAAUUGUACGCAGCUGAUGACCAACGAAGGUGAUCUGCAGCUGUAUCGAUUAGCAGGCGGCGACGUGGAUAACAAGCAGAAAGUUUUUCUUGUCAAAGAUGUGCCAGAAGUUUUUUCGAAAUUCGAUGACCUCUCCUAUGUGCUGUCGCAGAUGGACUUGACGCAUUUCCGCAAAAGCGCCAUCGGCCAGCAGAUGCACGCGGCGGGAAAUUAGAGGUCGUCGACGGGACGAAUCCGUCGUCUGGAUGAAAUUAAGUAUAAGAAGUGCAAUGCCAAUGACUGAAACUCGUCUUUGGCUAAGCUUUAUAAUUUUCUGAUGAAAUAAUGAGUACAUGCUAGAUGAUGAUGGUGAACAGUUUGCUGAAUAGAGCGCGAAAGUACAGUAAGUAUUGUGAAAUAGACGAGAAUCAGAUAGCUAAGAAUCGAUCCGCGAGCUAGCAAGAAAUUUCUACUAAAAAGCAGGUAAGUAGGUAUUCACUGUCACUUUCGUGGCUGCCUUGCUUACCUAUCACGAUCAAUGUUGACGAGCAUCGUGCAUAGCACUGACUUACCAGAGUUGAAUUCUACUUCUAUGAGAGCAAAUGAAAUGAACCCGUUUGAAGUGAUUGUCCUGAUGUCGAUUCUUUAUAUUCCAGAUUCCAGAAAAAUUCGCGUGAACUUCAUAGAGUUUGAGUUCGUACUGCAUUUUUUAUUCCUAAAAGCUAAUAUAAAUAUUCUAGAGCACUAGAUGAAACGAGUCCGACGUGAUUUCGACUUUAUCUGGUACAGCAUGAAAUUCCAAAA